GAUCCUCAAUCAGCAAAUCCAAUCCAAUCAAAACAUAUUUAAGUGAAAAAAAUCUUGAUCAUUACUGGGCACAUUAACAUCACACGGUCCAGAUUCGCCCACUUGCAAAGUGACCCAUUGCUGAGGCUGCAAUCGAUAUUGGUUCCAGAAAGCAUGACUUGAGCUGUCUACAUUUCAGGCAUAAGAUUGCUUGAGAGCCAAGUUCUGUUCUGAAAUACUAUUUAUGUCCAAACUAAGAGACCAUAUAUGUUAAAGGAGAGAGACAUUUUUUUUCCCAAAUUAUAUAAUUCAAAAUUCUAAUAUUAGGAGAGGGAAAGACAACCUGAAGAACCAAAAGAAACUGAUUGAUCCUUAAAUUGAAAGCUUCAACAUUACCUAUCAUUGUCACCUUGUCUUUUAAGCAAUAACCCACAUCCAAAGCUCCCACCCCCACCAUACUUACUUUCUCCACUUUUCCCUCGAUCCUAAUGAACUUCACACGACAGCAGCUUGAGUAUCUGUGAGCUCCUCACAAAUCAAAUGGACAGUCAGAGAGGUUCAUUCCAGGCGCCGGGUAGAAUGAGAAGCUCUGCAGUGUUAGAAACUUCAUGUGGAUAUUUACUUCAGGAAUUGAAGAUAAUCUGGGAUGAAGUCGGAGAAGAUCAGUUUGAAAGAGAGAAGGUUCUACUAGAUUUAGAACAGGAGUGUCUAGAAGUUUACAGGAGAAGAGUUGAUCGUGCAAAUAUAUCUAGAGCUCGCCUGCAUCAGGAGUUGGCAGAAGCUGAGGCUGAAUUCACCCAUCUUCUUUUGUCCCUUGGUGAACGAUCUCUUCCUGGAAGGCCAGAAAAAAUGACAGGAACACUGAAAGAGCAGCUAGACUCAAUCACCCCAGCUUUGAGAGAGAUGCGGUUGAGGAAAGAAGAGAGGGUGAACCAAUUCCGAGCAGUGCAAGGACAGAUUCAGAAAACUUCUGCAGAAAUAGCAGGCCAAUCAGAGUACCAUGAUUUAUCAUCAAUUGUCAAGGUGAACGAAAAUGAUCUUUCAUUAAAGAAACUGGAGGAGUAUCAGGUUGAGCUACAAAGACUCCACAAUGAAAAGAAUGAAAGGCUCCAAAGAGUGGAAAAGUACAUAGACAAAAUCCACAACCUAUCUGCAAUACUGGGGACGGAUUCCUCAAUGAUCAUCACCAAGGUUCAUCCAAGUCUGAAUGAAUUGUCUGGAAUGUCAAAAAAUAUAAGCGAGAGUAUUUUGGCAAAACUCAAUAACACAGUAGAGUCUUUGGAGGAAGAAAAGCAAAAGAGGCUUGAGAAGCUAUGCCAACUUGGUAGAGCAUUGACAAAUUUGUGGAAUCUAAUGGACGCACCCUUCAGUGACCGUCAAUUAUUUUCUCAUGUUAAUGAUUUAUUAUCAGUCUCAUCCAAAGACGUAUCAGAUCCUGGAAGCCUUACUCUAAUCAUAAUUCAGCAGGCUGAAGCUGAAGUCAAGAGACUGGACCAUUUAAAAGCAAGCAAGAUGAAAGAGCUAUUCCUCAAGAAACAUAAUGAGCUGGAGGAGAUAUGCAAUAAAUCACACAUGGAGAUUCCUUCACAGUCAGAGAUGGAUAACAUAAUAAACCUCUUAAAUUCUGGGGAGAUUGACCACGCCAAUCUCCUCAUGAGCAUGGAUGAACAGAUAUCACGAGCAAAAGAAGAAGCUUCUAGCAGGAAGGCUAUAAUGGAAAAGGUGGAAAAGUGGAUAUUGGCACGUGAUGAGGAGCUCUGGUUGGAAGAAUAUAACAGGGAUGAGAAUCGAUACUCAGUCAGCAGAGGUGCUCACAAGAACCUGAGACGCGCAGAACGUGCCAGAAUAACAGCCAACAAAAUCCCAGCUUUGGUAUAUUUACUAAUAGCAAAGACUAAAAGCUGGGAAGAAGAAAGAAAGAAAGUUUUCUUGUAUGACGAGGUACCUCUCCUGGCAAUUUUGGAAGAGUAUAACAUGUUAAUGCAGGAAAAGGAGCAGGAGAAGCAAAGACAAAGGGCCAGGUACCAGCAACCGGCGGCUUUCAAACAGGAGCUUGAAUGGAGGAUUUAGCAAUGGUAUCCCUUUAAACAGAAGGCUUUCUCAGGGAAUUCAACGCUUGGGAUCAAAUAGCAUUUAUCCAGCAACACAGGGCAUGUCCUUGAUGAAGGAAGGAAAAAUAGCACAAGUUGAAGGCAUGUUUGAUCGACCGAGCCAGCCUUCUCGUCUCAGAGAUGAAACAGCUUCAGUAGUGUCAUUGUCAACAUUUUCAGGCCCAAUAUCUCCUUAAAAUUUGAUUCGGACUCAUUGAUCUUCAUGCAUGAGGACGCAGAUAAGAUCCGUGCAAAUUUAGUCUGGAAAAUAAUAUAAUAAAUCCUGUAGAUGGAUAUAUUCAGGCUUUUAUUACAGAUAGAAAAGGCUACAUAUUUAUGUGUUUCUAUGCGUUAAGCCGCCCUGACCUCAUCAGAUUUGUGAUUCCAAGGGCAAAUAAAAUAACUUUU